GGGCUGUCGAGGUGGUGGCGAUGGAACCAACAGGGCAGCUGAACGAGUUAGUGUCAGCCGAGGGCCGAAACCGGAAGGCGGUGCUGUGCCAACGUUGUGGCUCUCGCGUGCUGCAGCCAGGGACCGCUCUCUUCUCGCGCCGACAGCUGUUCCUUCCGUCCAUGAGGAAGAAGCCAGCCCUGGCUGACGGCAGCAAUCCUGACGGUGAUCUCCUCCAGGACCACUGGCUGGUUAACGACAUGUUCACCUUUGAGAAUGUGGGCUUCACCAAGGACGUGGGCAACAUCAAGUUUCUGGUCUGCGCAGACUGUGAAAUUGGACCCAUUGGCUGGCAUUGCCUAGACGACAAAAACAGUUUCUAUGUGGCCUUGGAACGGGUUUCUCAUGAGUGACCUAGGAGAUGGGGACUCAGCUCUACCCUCAACUCUAAAAGAACUUGGUGUAACUGUUGUGCUGCCGAUUUCUCUGUACUCUGUAAGAUAAAUGAUGAGCACCAACAUACACACUCGAACGCAUAGAAGGCCAGCCCUGCUUCCCUCCAGCCCCAGUGCAUGCCUCCUGCUUAGUCACUUCGCAUCACAGCAUGUCCUAACUUCCUCUCCCCCAGCCUUGGGACACUCGAACUCCACACAUCUGUUCUCAUCGCUGGCCUUCGGCUUAGGCUCUAGUCUGCCCAGGGUUCUCUUUUUUCUGCUCUAAAAGAGCAGUGAUCAGCUUUUUAGCCAUGAUAACACAUGACAAAAGAGUCUCAUGCUGAUAGUAAAAACUUCACCUUUUCACUUUCAUUCAAGGAAACAUGCAAGUACCUGAGAGUGAUUUUGUUGUAUGACUAACCUAGUUAUCUACAGGAAUUUGCUCCUUGUAAAAGUAAAACAUUUACAAACUUGAGUAUUUAAACCAAUAAUAAGAAGCACAUUGCUUUGGGUACAAUCUAAUAAAUACCAUGGGUGAGAGCCUUAAAUCUGG